GUGGGAGGGAAUUGGCAACCUCUCUGCCUACGUGGGAGAAAAGAGAGGGUUGGGGGGAAGUGUGGAAAACCUGAACCUGAGCCGCUGUCGCCUAAGAAAGAUUUGGUGGAGGAGAAGUAGAGGGGAAAAGAUAGGUUGGAGGUGAAGUGAGGAGGGCAAAUAAGUCGCUGCUAUCCGGCGACGCAAAGUUCUUCGUGAUGUGGCUGAAGCCUGAGGAAGUGCUUCUGAAAAAUGCGCUGAAGCUGUGGCUGAUGGAAAGGUCCAACGACUACUUCGUUCUGCAAAGGCGUCGAGGCUACGGAGAGGAAGGCGGAGGGGGACUCACAGGUCUUCUGGUUGGAACUCUUGACUCAGUUUUGGACUCUACUGCUAAAGUGGCUCCAUUUCGUAUCCUACAUCAGACACCAGAUUCUCAAGUUUACUUGUCAAUUGCAUGUGGAGCCAACAGAGAAGAAAUAACCAAGCAUUGGGAUUGGUUGGAACAAAAUAUCAUGAAGACCUUAUCUGUGUUUGACUCAAAUGAAGAUAUUACUAAUUUUGUACAAGGAAAGAUAAGAGGAUUAAUUGCCGAAGAGGGAAAACAUUCUUUUGCAAAAGAAGAUGAUCCUGAGAAAUUUCGAGAAGCCCUUUUGAAAUUUGAAAAAUCAUUUGGUUUACCAGAGCAGGAAAAAUUAGUGACCUAUUAUUCGUGCAGUUAUUGGAAAGGACGGGUUCCUUGUCAGGGUUGGCUCUACCUUAGUACCAACUUUCUGAGCUUCUAUUCUUUUUUGUUGGGAUCAGAAAUAAAACUCAUUAUCUCCUGGGAUGCAGUCUCAAAACUUGAAAAGACUUCAAAUGUCAUACUGACAGAGAGUAUUCAUGUGUGUUCCCAAGGGGAAGAUUACUACUUUUCAAUGUUUUUGCACACUAACCAAACAUACCUUCUUAUGGAACAAUUGGCAAACUAUGCUGUAAGGAGACUUUUUGAUAAGGAAACAUUUGAUAAUGACCCAAUCCUUGAUGAUCCUCUACAAAUUACUAAAAGAGGUUUGGAAAACAGAGCCCACAGUGAGCAAUUUAAUGCCUUUUUUCGGCUACCAAAAGAAGAGACCUUGAAAGAAGUACAUGAAUGCUUCUUAUGGAUACCAUUCAGCCACUUCAAUACUCAUGGAAAAAUGUGCAUCUCAGAAAAUUAUAUCUGCUUUGCUAGCCAAGAUGGCAGUCUGUGUAGUGUAAUCAUUCCCUUACGAGAGGUCUUAGCUGUAGAUAAGACAGAUGAUUCCAGCAAAUCUGUCAUCAUUAGCAUCAAAGGAAAAACAGCUUUCCGCUUUAGUGAAGUUAAAGACUCUGAGCAAUUGGUGGCAAAACUCAGGCUCAAGUGUGGCACAGCUUCAAGUCAGUGUGAUAUUAGUACAGAGGUUGCUAUUACUUCUGAUUCUACAGGUCCAUCUGAAAAUUUUGAGGUACAAUCUUUGACAUGUCAAAAAGAAUGCAGCAAAACUGUGAGCACAGAAGCCUUAAUGACAGUAUUUCACCCUCAAAAUUUGGAGACUCUUAAUUCUAAAAUGUUGAAAGAAAAGAUGAAGGAACAGUCAUGGAACAUUCUGUUUUCAGAGUGUGGGCGUGGUGUUACCAUGUUUCGGACCAAAAAGACUCGAGACCUGGUUGUGAGAGGGAUUCCAGAGACCUUAAGAGGAGAGCUCUGGAUGCUUUUUUCAGGUGCUGUUAAUGACAUGGCUACUAAUCCUGGUUAUUAUGCUGAAAUGGUUGAAAAGUCCUUAGGGACCUGCAACUUGGCUACUGAAGAAAUUGAACGUGAUUUGCGUCGCUCCCUCCCUGAGCACCCUGCAUUUCAGAGUGACACUGGCAUAUCUGCUCUGAGGCGGGUACUCACUGCUUAUGCAUAUAGAAAUCCCAAAAUUGGAUACUGCCAGGCAAUGAACAUUUUGACUUCAGUGUUGCUUCUGUAUGCAAAGGAAGAAGAAGCUUUUUGGCUUCUGGUUGCUGUAUGUGAACGAAUGUUGCCUGAUUAUUUUAAUCGACGAAUCAUUGGUGCCUUGGUGGAUCAGGCAGUGUUUGAAGAACUUAUCAGGGAUCACCUUCCUCAGCUGACAGAACACAUGACAGAUAUGACAUUCUUUUCCUCAGUUUCUCUCUCAUGGUUCCUCACACUUUUUAUUAGUGUGCUGCCUAUUGAAAGUGCAGUGAAUGUGGUGGACUGUUUCUUCUAUGAUGGAAUAAAGGCUAUUUUACAACUGGGAUUGGCGAUACUUGACUAUAAUUUAGACAAGCUGCUGGAGUGUAAAGAUGAUGCUGAAGCUGUGACAGCUUUAAACAGGUUCUUUGACAAUGUCACGAAUAAGGAUAGCCCAUUGCCUUCAAGUGUUCAGCAGGGUUCAAAUGAGAGUGAUGAAAAAAGCAGUCAUAUGAAAGUAGAUAUUACAGAUUUGAUUAGAGAAUCCAAUGAGAAAUAUGGUAAUAUUCGCUAUGAAGAUAUAUACAGCAUGCGCUGUCGAAAUAGGCUGUAUGUGAUACAGACCCUGGAGGAAACAACGAAGCAGAAUGUGCUGCGUGUUGUAUCACAAGAUGUGAAAUUGAACCUUCAUGAAUUAGAUGAACUUUAUGUGAUCUUUAAGAAAGAGCUGUUUUUAUCUUGUUAUUGGUGUAUGAGUUGUCCAGUACUAAAGCACCAUGACCCCAGCCUGCCAUAUUUGGAACAGUAUCAAAUUGACUGCCAGCAGUUCAGAGUGUUGUAUCACUUGUUGAGUCCCUGGGCUCAUUCUGCAAACAAAGACUCACUAGCUUUAUGGACAUUCCGAUUGUUGGAUGAAAAUUCUGAUUGCCUUAUAAACUUCAAAGAAUUCUCUUCUGCAAUUGACAUAAUGUAUAAUGGAAGUUUUACUGAGAAGCUUAAACUGCUUUUUAAGCUGCAUAUUCCGCCAGCUUAUACUGAAGUGAAAUCUAAGGACUCUUCAAAAGGAGAUGAACUUUCCAUGGAAGAAUUACUUUAUUUCAGUCAGCUCCACGUUUCCAAGGCUACAAAUGAGAACGAAUCAAAUUCAGGAAAAAGCAGCCCUGAAAAAGGCAAAGGAAAAAUUGAUAUUCAAGCAUACCUAAGUCAAUGGCAAGAUGAGCUCCUCAAAAAAGAAGAAAAUAUUAAAGAUUUGCCAAGAAUGAAUCAGUCACAAUUUAUUCAGUUUUCAAAGACCCUCUAUAAUUUAUUUCAUGAGGACCCUGAAGAAGAAGCAUUAUAUCAAGCCAUUGCUGUUGUAACUAGCCUUUUGCUCAGGAUGGAAGAAGUUGGAAGGAAACUACAUAGCCCUACAUCAUCUGCCAAAGCAGUCUCUGGUAUAGUUUGUGUUUCUGGAGGACCCAAUGAAAGGAAAACAGAGAUCCACUUGGAGAAAAAUCCUUCCUCUCUUAGGGAGGAACCUCAGUGGUCAUUUGCAUUUGAACAGAUUCUUGCAUCUCUAUUGAAUGAACCUGCAGUAGUAAGGUUUUUUGAGAAACCCAUAGAUUUAAAAGCCAAGCUAGAAAAUGCAAAAACCUCUCAAUUAAGAUCUAGAGCCAAAAUGUAAAUUUCUUAACAGGAAUUUGUGUCAAAGACAAAUUGACAAAUUAACCAAACUUUCUAUAGCCCUCAGCUUGAUUUCUGGGAGUAAGGCUCAAGGAUUUUUAUCUUGUUAACAAUGUUCUUAAAGGAAAAAGGAGUAAGAUAUUCAGAAGCACAAUUAUUCAUAUGCGAUUAUCUCAAAUUUUGAUAUUCUCAAAUACAAAUGCAGUCAAACCUUGGAUUGGAAAUAACUUGGUCUUCAAAUGUUUCACAAGAUGUGCAAACAUUUCUAAGAAAAUUUAACUUGAUAAAUGAGCAACGUUUUACAAUAGGAGUAAUACAUCACAGUAAACGUCACAUGAUUGCAACUGGUUCUCUGUCUUGCUCUCACUGCUUUGAUAUACAAGUGCUUUAGAUUACAAGUGGAUUGAAUUAUUCUCACAAACCAAGGUUUUACUGUAAUCUGUAUUUCAGAAGAGAUGCAGUAUCAAGGAAGGAUGCUCAAUGCAACCACCAGGGGGCACCACUAUACCAUUGUUAGUAGGCAAAUUACUAGUUUGUUAUUUAUAUGUGAUUACUAAUAAUCUUGAAAUGGUGGUAUUAGUUUGUUAGUGAUGCUGGUAUGUCAUAUCGAUAAAUCUUAUUUUCCAAAUUGCCUCAGUCUUAUUAGAAUGCUUUGGAAAACGAGGCUCUUAGGUCUAUACUAUCUAGGAAAUUAUCAUUCAGGGCCCUCAUUUUCAAGUCAUCUAACUGAAAUAUUAACAUUUUAAAUUAACUUCAUUCAAUCUAUAAUAGAUGAUUUGUUAGCAACUUGUGCAAUCUCUCCACCUGAAGAGUUUAGAAGCUAUUGACUAUGCUGCUAUCUUUUACUGUUAAGAAUAAAUCAAGAACUCUAAACACUAGGCUGAUAGAAAAGGAAAAAAUACUGGACUUGAAUUUAAACUGGAUAAGGCUAGCCUUUUGGAAAGGCUUAAGAAAUAGUUCAGGGCCAGGGAUAUAGCUCAGUGACACCACACCUACCUGGCAAGUGCAAGAUCCUGAGUUCAGUCCCUGGUACCAAAACAAAAAAAAUUAACUCUAUGGAUCUCUCAUUAGACUAAGAAAUUACUAGAAUUUCUUCAGAGCACUACUGUUUGUGGUAUUUGUCUCAAUAUAUUGCGAUUUGUCUCAGUAGUUUUACAUUUUGAUUUUCUCAGUCAUGUUUUAAUUUACAUUAGAUAGUAAAGAUAGUUACAUUUAAAUUGAAUUAUUAUAUUAGUCUGGCAGGCACAUAAAGUAUACUUUCAUAUGGUACUUGCCAAUGUAGAAUUGCCAGCAUCUAUCUAGAAAGUUCUAACUAUCUGAUUUAGAUAUAUAAUUUCUAUAUAUUUUAUGCUGCUUAUGUUUCAGUCACACCAUGCCCAUCCAUUUAGAGAUAUAAUGGACUUUGUUGGCACUUAAAAUGAAACACGGAAACUACACUUAACCACUCUUCUGUCCUAUUUCUGACAAGAGCAAUUUAAUAAUUAAAUUAGGAGAUGAGGUAGAAAUCAUCCAUUGGAGUUGCUUUCUUCACAAAAGACUUUGACUUGAAAGGUCAGGGAUUUAGCCCAGUGGUGCUACUGCCUGCCUUGCAAGUGCAGGGACCUGAAUUCGAUCG